AUGAUGAAGCCGAGACUGAUUAUUAUUGUCAGGCAUGGAGAGUCUGAAGCCAACUGCGAUAAGAGCGUCAAUGGGCACACCCAGAACCAUAUGGUGCUGUUAACUAGCCGGGGUCGGACCCAGGCAAAAGAAGCUGGCGAGGAGAUUGCCCAGAUGAUUAGGCCGGGCGAAAACGUUCGUGUCUACCGGUCACCAUAUAUGCGUACUCGUCAGACGGAAGAAGAGAUUCGAUUGGUUUUGCGAAAUCACGGGAUCAAACCGAGCGUCAUCGAGGAACCUCGACUAAGGGAACAGGACUUUGGAAACUUUCAAAACGCCCAGCGGAUGACGGAUAUUAUGAAGGAGCGUAGCAUAUACGGGUCAUUUUUCUAUCGCAUUUUCAAUGGCGAGUCUGCCGCGGACGUUUACGACCGCUGCGCAAGCUUUUGCAAUUCACUGUACAGACAUUUCACCAUCCACGAGCCCGAUGUGGUGAUUUUGGUCUCUCAUGGCAUUUGGGGCCGGGUAUUUUUAAUGAAAUGGUUCAAAUGGAACUACGAGUAUUUUGAAAACCUCAAAAACCUUCAGCAUUGCGUUCCUAUCGUUAUGGAACGCAAGGACUCGCAUUAUGCGCUAUUGAGCGACCUAGAAACAUGGGAAGAUCAGCAGCCUACGUCCAGUACAAAUAAGGGGACCAGCCCCGAUAUCACAACAAUUUAA